CCAAACCCAAACUUCCAGUUUUGUGCUUACCUCUCUCUUUCUUACUCAUCACAAACCUGAUUUCCCUCGCUAAUUACGUCCUCUUCAUCCAAUUCGUACUAGCUACCUCUCUUUCUCAUAUUUGUUUUCUUUAAUUCCCUGGUUUUGUCUCUGUUUCCUCAGGUAAAAGAAAGAAACUUCUAAAGACUUCGGAUUUCCUACUCCAUUUUUAAAACACCGCUGAAAAUUACAUUUCCUUCAUCUUUAUCCCCGGAGAUUCUCGCGGAAAAGUGAAAGCAGGGAAAGGCAUGGCAAUGAAGAACGAAACAAAUGAUGCUGUGAUCCGGGUUGAAGAUCCAGGAGCAGUCUCUUCUCCAAGGGUCGAUGUCCAAUACGGACUGUCUUCACCACCACAGCAACCUGAUGAAGAAAAUUCGCAACCUGCAGAGAAGGGUACGGCCAAGGAUGAUGAUACCAUCCCCGAUGAUGGAGAGAAGCAAAAAGGAAAACGGACAUUCUCAACCAUAGUUCAGUCUUUUUUAUUUGCCUGCUCUAUUGGGUUCCUGGUUACUAGUUUAAAGGUGGACGUGCUUAAAAACCAUGUGAUUGGGGGUCUGAAGCUGUGGAAAUGGUGUGCGCUAGCAUCGGUCAUUUUUUUCGGUAGACAAUUAAUGGGAUUGAUUAUUAAAGCUGCGAUUUCGUUGAUUAAGAGAAGGUUUGCGUUCAUUAAGAGGAAGGCUUAUUACAGUUAUUUCAUUUAUGAUUCGGGAAGGAGUAUUGGUGUUUUCCUGUGGUUAUGUUCGGUUUCUGUCACAUGGUAUCUGUUGUUUCACAUUAGUGAAGUUAAGGGAUCAAAAUCAUAUUUGUUGCUGCACGGCUACCAGAUUCGGCAUUAUGUUAGCAUGUCUCUAGCUACUCUUUCAAUUGGGGGGUUGCUAUGGGUGGUGAAAACCCUUUUAGUAAACAUACUAUCUUCUUCCUUCAAAUUUGGAAGAUUCUUUGAUAGGGUUCAGCAAUCAAUCAUUGAUCUAUAUAUACUUGAGGUCUUCUCUGCAUAUAUACAGGAAACAAGUUCAUUAUCAUUAGUUAGAAAAAAAAGUUGUAUUAAGAAGACUAAAAGUGUUAGACGGUGGGUCAAUAAAAGGUUGCCAAAACAUGGAGACCAACAAGUGGAGGAAGGGCCUGCAAUCAAUUUGCUGAAGAAAACGAAUGAAGAAAAUGCAUCUGCUUGGACCAUGGAAGAGUUCGUCGAGAUGAUCAGGUGUUGGGAUUCGUUUGAUGACAUAAAACAACUCCACGAUUUUGCUGAUCAGGAGAUGAUAAUGGAAUCAAAUUCCAGAACGGAAAGAGCUGCUGAGCUGAUUUACUACCGUGUGCAAAGCGGGACUGAUGGUAAGGGCAUUUUUAAGGAUGACCUGAUCAAGAAAGUGAAAUUUCAAGAGAAGGACGUUGUCCAUGUGAUUCAACGGAUAAAUGGAGAGUCCGGAGGUGAACCGAUCACAAAAUCAGCUCUAAAGGAUUGGCUGGCAAGUUCUUAUACACAUUAUCAAACAUACAUAUAUAAAGAAAAAAGUAUUUUACAAAUCAUCAUCUAAAAAAAAUUAGGAAGAAUUAU